UUUAGGCCUUUACAAAUCAAAGUAAGAACAAUGGAAAUACAAUUCUCCUACAAAAGUGAUUGUCUUAUUAGUUUGUAUUGAUCCUUACUUAUAGUUCAUUGUAGGAUGUGCCUAAAAGAUUAAAUCUUUGAACUACUUUUGUGAGAGACUGUUUUUAGGUGAGACGAUCUCAAAAUAAGAAGCCCAUAUGCUAUUUAUUAUAGUAUUAAUCGGGCUAUUCAACCCAUGUUUAAGGAACGUCUCUGGUGAGACUGUCUCACACAACAAUUUGCGUAAAUCUUUUGCUUAUUCUAUCUUGGUGGGUAUUAGAUCAAAAUUCAGGAUAGUAAAACUCUAAAUCUUGUAGUAUAAGGGGUGAGGUGAAUCUCUAAUUCACUAAUGGGAGUACAUAAGCUGGUUUUGUGUUUAUUGCUGUUAUGUUUUCCAUCAAUUUUGGCACAAGAAAUCACCAGGGCCAUUUUAGGUGUCCAUGGGGGUCAUAUUGUAGCCGAGACAGACGAAAAUUAUGUUUGUGCUACUAUCGAUUGGUGGCCUCACAAUAAGUGUGACUAUAACCAAUGUCCAUGGGGAUACUCUUCGAUAAUGAACUUGAAUUUAUCACAUUCACUUCUUGCAAAAGCAGUGCAAGCGUUCACGCAUUUGAGAUUGAGACUUGGAGGUUCCUUGGAAGAUCAAGUACUUUAUGGUGUUCCAAGUUUGAAACAUUCUUGUCAUCCAUUUUGGAAAGGAAAUUAUGGAUUAUUCGGCUUUUCAACCGGAUGCUUGCGCUUGGGACGUUGGGAUGCUCUUAAUAACUUUUUUAGUAAGACGGGUGCAGUUAUUACCUUUGGCAUAAAUGCGCUCUACGGAAGACAAAAAUCCAAAGAUGGUGCUUGGAUCGGACCUUGGGACUCUAGCAAUGCUUAUGAUUUUAUCAAGUACACCGUCUCAAAGGGUUACAAGAUUGAUUCGUGGGAAUUCGGUAAUGAACUGAGUGGAAGUGGGGUCGGUGCAAGGGUGGAUGCUGCACGGUAUGGGAAUGACUUGAAAAAACUUAAGGGAAUCAUCGAUGAAUUGUACAAAAGCUCGCCCUCAAAACCUUCACUUCUAGCACCGGGAGGAUUUUUCAGUGAGGAUUGGUUUACUCGGCUUCUCCAGGUUACCGGGCCAGGAGUACUUAACGCUUUGACCCAUCAUAUUUACAAUUUGGGUGCAGGUAAUGAUCCGAAUCUUCCAAGUAAGAUAUUGGAUCCUACUUUCUUGAGUAAAAUAUCAAAAACAUUCGACGUUCUCAACAAAACAAUCCAUGAGUACGGUCCUUGGACUCAUGCUUGGGUCGGUGAAGCUGGUGGUGCUUUCAACAGCGGAGGCCAUCUUGUAUCCGAUGCCUUCAUCGAUGGAUUUUGGUACUUGGAUCAGCUUGGACUAGCUGCUACAUAUAAUACUAAAGUGUACUGUCGACAGACGUUGAUCGGUGGCAAUUAUGGCCUCCUCGACAAAACUACCUUUGUGCCUAACCCUGACUACUAUGGCGCACUUUUGUGGAAUCGACUGAUGGGGCGGAAGGUCCUUCAAGUUGAUAAUGUCGCUUCACCUUACUUGCGCUCGUAUGCUCAUUGCACUAAAGGAAGAGCGGGCAUAACUCUACUACUGAUCAAUCUAAGCAAGCAGACCCGUUUCAUAGUGAAACUGCAAAACACGAUGAACAAAGACGUGCAUAUAUCAAACGGUAUUAACUCCGAAGGUUCAUUCAUGCGUGGCCUUAAGAAGACGGUAUCUUGGGUUGGAAGCAAAGCCUCGGACGGACAAUUGCAUCGCGAGGAAUACCAUUUGACACCGAAAGAAGGGAACCUACAGAGCCAAACGAUGGUACUAAAUGGGAUACCGUUACAGAUAACAGAAGACGGAAACAUUCCAAAUAUGGAACCUGUGCUUGUUCCUGUAAAUUCUCCUCUAUAUAUAUCCCCCUUGUCUAUUUCCUUCAUUGUGUUUCCUAACUUUGAUGCUCCAGUGUGUAAGUUAUGAUUCUUUGUUUAGUCUGGUCAAUUAAGUGGCCUGAUUUUAGCUGUA